AUUCAGGUGACCCUUUCUUUCCAUGUGGCUCUCACUCACACGUUAUUGACCUCUUCCUCUCAUUUACCAAUGACUCUCUCCCCCUCAUUGGAUACUUUUCCCCUCACUUUUCUUCCAUACUAGAUAACGGAACCCCCUCGCUCUUCAUAUUCUUUUGACCCAACUCACACUUUAUCAGAUGACCUAUAAAUAAUCUUCUUUCUUUCAUUUGUAAUACACGUUCUCUCAUAAAAAAGGGGUACUUCACUUAAAAAAAAAGACCAAUUCACUCUCAUUCUUCUCAUGAAAGGAGCCGACCAAAAAAGCUACAAGGGAGUGUUUUUUUUGAACCCGUCAUCAAUCCCACUCAUUAUUCCUAUUCCUUCUUCCAUCAACAUACAACCCUUAAUACACCUCACCAUCUUCAUUAAAACCUUUGCCUCCCUCCGUCCUUAGCCAAAAAUCACCCAAACCAUCAUGACAUAUCCUCUCUCAUCUCCCUUCCGCCACCCUUUUAUCGGUGAGUAACACCUUUUCCGACCACUAACCUACAACUAAAACACACAUUUUUCCUUUCUUCACAAAGCCAUAACCAUAAAAAAGCAGAACAACUUAGCAAAAAAAGAAGAAGAAGAAAAAACAAGUUAGUGAAGAACAACAACUAACGCCGAAAAUACCUCUGACGCGGUUCCCUCCGACACUAUCAUGUGAGCUACACCACUCGGACCACUUCGUCGAAGUUUGUUUCUUUUCUUUCUAUUUCAUUUAUGGUUGUUAUUCUGAUGUGUGUUAUUUUCAUUUGUUUGAUGUUAUUUGAAUUGAGAGAGAGGAUUGUGUUGCCGGUUUGCACAUUUCGCUUUUAUUUUUAAUACAUAUUGAACCUUGAUAUAGAGAGAGACUGUCGAAAGAGAUUUAAGGAUUGGGGCGCCGCCGCCGCUGGCCCGCCGACCUCCCUCAUACGUUGAAGCAAAACCGCGGUGAGAGAAAGUAUCGAUGAAGGGAGGGGUUUCUUUUGAAAGGUUUCAUUUUUGUGUUUCGUUUUUCUGGAAGAACAGAGAGAUAAACACGAUAGAGAGAGAAAGCCUUUGUUAUUUGGUGUUUUGUUUUGUUUUUCUUAAUGCAUGCCAUGUGUCAAGUUUGGAAUGGAGAUUUUUUAUUGUGAAUUUGCUGUAGGAGCAGGAUUUCGAAAUCUUGCCAGACACAAUAUUAGAAAACCCUAAAAAUCUUUUUUUUUCUCUUGCUUAAUAAGUAGAAGAUCGCAAACUAAUAUCACACCAACGCUCGUUCACACAACUAACUAAAUGGAUCCUAUUUACUACAACAGAUGUGAGAGUUGCUAAUACCUUCCCCUUGCAUAACCGACUCCCAAACUCGAUCUGGUUAUGACAACCAUUUCCCUUAGCUUUAGCGGGUUUUAUUUGAUAUUUUCUCGUUCAUUUGAAACAAAUAAAGAUUGGUGGAGACUCUGCUGUUAUUUCGAACGUGCGAUGCGCUCAGGUAUUUUUUACGCCACGACAAAAAGGCCCCCCAUAAGGAACUCUUAAUCCUAUAGAGAAUCAACAUACAUAACUAACAAAGAAUACCAAAAGACUUGUUAUGGUUAUAAUAAGCUUGGACGCUUCAAGAAUGAUUGUCCAGAACUUCAAAAGGAGAAACCCAAAGGCGACAACUCCAAAGGAAGUAAGAAGAAGGGUACCAUAAAAAUAUGGGAAUACUCUGAAGAUAAGAGGAUAAUGAAGAAAUAAAUGUAGAAAUGAUGGCAACGACAUCUAGUAGUGAUCAAGACACAAAUGAUGAAGUAGAAGAUAAGGUAUUCUCUAACCUAUCUAGAUCUGAAUUAAUAUAUACAUAAAAAAUCAACAUAAACAUAUUUAAAAACAAAUAUAGAAAAUUUAUAAUCUCACAAAAUAAUUAUAAACUUUUUCUUGAAAAAGAAACUACUUUGAACAAAAAUAUUGAGGAUUUAAGAAUUGAAAAAUAAUAUUUUGAAAGAAAAUCGCAAUCAUAUGUAUCAACUAUCUAUGAGUUUAAUGAAUAUGAAAAUGUUCUUCAAGAUUAUUAGCCAAUGGAAUAGGUACACUUAAGGUAGUUUUGAUGAUCUAUUAUGUAAGCAAUAACAACAAGAGAAGACUUUGAUGUACAUAAGAUGAACUUAGAGGAUGGAUGUGUUAGUCAAUUUCAUACUCUAGAAGCAUCAACAAAUAUACGGUUUAUAUGAUGAAGAUAUUCAUCAUCUAUGUUAACUUAAUUUUGAUGAAGACAAAAGCUUAUCAUAGAAGAAAGAUCAAAGAAGAAAAAGAUUGGAAUCAAGUAUCAAGAUUGUAUAAGCUUUGGAAAUUAAAUGACUGAAUCAUGACGAUUACGGAUAAGAGAAUUGAAUCAGAUAUUUAUAGAGGUCUGAUCUAACCAAUUAACCUACUCCUCUCUUUAAAAAUUUCUUCUUGAAAAUUUCCAGUUCCACUAUAGAUGUGAGUUUUUCACAACUUAUGUCAACGAACCUUCUUACAAACAGACUAAAGUUUUACACUGACUAUCAUUUAAACCAAACACGAGAGUUUACAUCAGACUAAUAUCAUAACCAAUAAAAAGCUUUUACACUAGGCAUAGUUCACGAACCACACUGAAUUUUUGACAUACAAUCUCACGAACCAAAUGAUAGUUUUUACAUCAGGUGAAACUGACAAACCAAACAAAGAUUUUUCACAAACAAUCUCAAGAAUCAAAUGAGAGCUCUCAAAAGGAUUACUAAUUAUAGACAGGAUGAUCCUAACGAGCCUCAGGUUAUAUAUCGCCAAGUCAAAAAACAUUGUUCUAAUAUGAACUCAAAAUAUAUUACCGGAGUUCUUUCCAAACGAGUUGUAGACUACCCAAUCCUAAACAGACUAUCCAACCACCCAUUGGAUCUGAUUCAACAAACUCUUGCGUCCCACCUCACGACAAUUGGAGCAAUUUUAACCAUUAACCAUAUAUAAACUUAAUUCAGCACCGUAACGAAUACCGUUUUUAUUUAGUCUUGUAAAAUUACAUAUCUUCAAUCUUAUUAACUUAAGCGCUGUAGUGUUAAACUUCCUGACAACCCCACUCUACUCCAAUGUAUCAUAGAGCUUCAAAUCAACAUGUCAUCAAUCUUAAUAGAUACUUCUUCUAGUAUAAUAGUUUAAAAAAUGAUAAUAAAUUUUAAUCACUAUUAUAAGUAACAAAUAAUUUUUAAAGUAAUUAAUGUUUGUAAUACUACUAUCCAUAAUUUAAUUAAAAAAUAUUCAAGUUAAUUCAUUGAAUAUAACUAAAUGUAUUAUUAUAAAUUUUACUUUAUAUAUACAGUCUAAAAAGUUAAUUGCACUUAACAAACUUUUUGUUUUUGUUUGUCAACAACUAGUAAUCCAACUUCCAGUCAAAGCACACAUUCUUCAUUCUUAACUACCAGCAAUUCCAUCUAGCUACCAAGAAUUCAAACUACUUCCCCUACUACAUAUGUGGAUAUCUGAUAUACACAUACACUAUUCACUAUAUCUAUGGACUAUGGUUUCAUUACACAUCUCAUCACCUAAUUAUCUCCUUUGUUGACAAAAUUCUCAUAUAUUAACUUGAACCAUUAACUUGCAUAACAAUCUUCCUUAAUCCUUCAUUAUUUUAAAUGUAAGGGGUGGAAUUUACAACGUCGCAUUCUGGUUGUCACAUCUUAACUAACAGCCAUAUAAAUUAAAGAAACAAAGAAAGUUGAUCUAUAUGAUUAAAAAUACCAAUAUCUUUUUUAUAAAAAAGGAAAAAAACAUCUUUCUAUAAAUAAAUUGGAUUGAGAUAGAAAUAAAAAAGUGAGACAUAGGUUGCAUUCAUAACAUAGUUAGAAAAAAGAAACCAAUCAAAAAGAGAGUAAUGGUGUCUCCAAAAAAUAUAGGAAAAUAUAAACUUGGCAGAACCAUAGGAGAAGGUACUUUCUCUAAGGUUAAGCUUGCUUUCAAUGGCAACAAUGGGGAGAAGGUAGCAGUCAAGGUCAUUGACAAGAAUAUGGUCUUGAAAAACAAUCUUAAGCAUAAGGUACAAAGUGAGAUUAGAACAAUGAGACUUCUGCAUCAUCCUAAUAUUGUUAGAGUUCAAGAGGUUAUUGCUACAAAGACAAAAAUAUACAUUGUGAUGGAAUAUGUAUCAGGAGGUCAACUGUUGGACAAGAUGUCCUAUGUUGAUAGGUUGAAUGAAUGUGAUGCAAGAAAACUAUUCCAGCAACUUGUUGACGCCAUCGAUUACUGCCAUAAUAAGGGAGUUUUUCAUCGCGAUUUAAAGCCGGAAAACUUGCUCCUUGACAACCAAGGAAAUCUCAAAGUGUCUGAUUUUGGAUUAAGUUCAUUGAGUAAGCCUAAUGAUGUCUUACACACAAGGUGUGGAUCGCCGAGCUACGUGGCUCCUGAGCUGCUGAUGAGCAAAGGGUAUGAUGGAGCAGCUGCUGAUGUUUGGUCAUGUGGUGUGGUUCUUUUUGAGUUACUUGCUGGUUAUCUACCAUUUAAUGACCAAAACUUGAUGAGCUUAUACCAUAAGAUAUGCAGAGCAGAAUAUGUAUGCCCCCCAUGGUUUACUCAAAGGCAAAAGAAAUUAAUCACCAAAAUACUCCAACCGCGUCCUGAAAAGCGCAUAAACAUUUCAGAUAUUAUUGAAAAUGAGUGGUUUCAAAUAGAUUACAAACCUUCUCGUGCGUAUGAAAUUGAUCCGACUACUAAUUUGGAUGACAACAAAAGUGAUGCUUUUGACCCAAUUGAGGAGAAAACUACGAAGUCAACCAUAACCAAGUCGUCGAGCUUCAUUAAUGCGUUUCAACUGAUAGCCAUGUUUCAGGACCUUGAUCUAUCUGCACUUUUUGAAGAACAGGAUCACAAGAAGCAGAUGACAAUGUUUGGAUCCCAACAUACAAUCAGUGAAACGGUAGAAAAAAUAGAAGCUGCUGCAACAGAUGUGAGACUGUCGGUGGAGAAAAUGAACAAUUUUAAGAUGAAAAUGCACCCAAAACAGACAAUGACUAGAAGUUCUAGAUCAUACUUUGACCUAUCUGCUGAGGUGAUAGAAGUUGCUCCAGCUCAUUGUGUUGUACAAAUAUCAAAAUCUGCAGGAGAUCUAAGAAAAUACAAUGAAUUUUGUGAAAGUUUAUCAAGUCUGCUGAAUGAAAAAUCUACUAUGCCAUCACAUGACCGAGAUUCUGAGGAUCAAUGUAAAGUUAGCAGCAUAGCAAAGAAACAUGAUGAAUGCUAUGCAAAGCCAAACAGAGAAGAUUUUCGUGGCUAUAACUCUGCUUGAAGAUUGAUUUAAACCAUGUCUCUAUUAUUUAUUGAAGUUCAUGGGAAUAUGACAUGGCAAGAAGAAAACAAAAUAUUUUCUCAAAGCUUGUUUUUUUAACUCAAGUAUUUCGUAUUUUCGAUCUUCUUGAGAGAAGCGGUUUUCUUGUCAAUUCAUUGUUUUCUUCAUUGUAAAAUAACGAGAAACAUAAUUUUUGUCAUGAUUGAAAUUUGCAUUGAUUUAAUAAGCAAAAAUGCUGUAAAGUUCUCAAUCAUAGAGUAAAGACAGAUUACAAUUUAAA